AUGGUUGAACAUCGAGAUCUCGCCAAAGACCAGCUUUCUGGACCCGCCGUUUUCUUAUUCGGCCCUCUCGCGUUGUCCUUCAACAGCGAUUCAUUUGCUCAACUACGCGAAAUCAUCGUCGAAAAUGAGGAGCACAAAUGGGCCCUCGAUACUAUCACCAGUCUGCCCCAGUAUUGGAAGACUAUUGUCGCAGCCAUUCCCGGCCUUGAGGCUGGGACUGAGUUGGAGAAGCUUGAGGACCUCAAGGAGGCUUUCUCCACCGGGCAGUCUCUCAAGGCUCAAUUCCCACUGCCGAAUGCCCUUUUGAUUCCUCUUGUUGUGAGCCUUCACCUCACGCAAUACGCGUCAUUCAUCAAGCUCAGCAACGCUGACUUGGAUAAUGAUGUGGAUCUUUUUGCCUUGUCCAAGGAUGACCAGGAAACACUCGGUCUCUGCACUGGACUGUUGAGUUCUCUGGCCGUUUCGUCUGCUGGAAACAAAGCAGAUUUCCUGAAGUUUGCCGCUGUUGCUGUUCGUCUCGGUCUGCUCAUUGGCAUGGUGGUGGAUGCACGGGAUGCAGCCACCGAUUUGGGUGCAUCCAAGUCUCUUACUAUGGCUUGGAACUCUGCUGAGAAGGCAGAAGAGACGAAGCGUAUCCUGAAAGGCUUUACGCAUACUUAUGUGUCUGUUAACUAUGAUGACGACCGUGCUACUAUUACCACCUUAGCAUCACAUGUCUCCGAGAUGCAGCUGCAGCUGCGAGCUUGUGGUAUCAUCACUGCGGAAGUUGGCCUGUGUGGACGUUUCCAUGCUGACUGCCACCGCGACCAACUCCCGGCAAUUUUGAAGUUCUGCGACUCCCACUCUGACUUCCGCUUCCCAGAUGCGUCCAAGUUGAUCAUCCCGACUCGAUCCAAUGCCGACGGAGCUUUGAUCACAGAGGGUCCUCUGCACCAUCAUGCUUUGCACUCCAUUCUAGUAGAGCCGCCUAAGUGGUUCGACACUUUCACAGUUGUCUGUGAAAGUACAUUGAAUAACAAGGAUGUGAAAAUCCUCUCCUUCGGCCCUGAGCGCUCUGUACCACCCUCCAUUCUGCGUGGACUCGGUCAACGAGUCGUCAAUGUCGCGGACCUUGAGAAAUCACAACAAGCACAACGCAGUUUUGCCCCCAGCGACAUUGCUGUUGUUGGUAUGUCAUGCAAGGUGGCUGGUGCCGACAAUCUAGAGGAGUUCUGGGACCUUCUGUGCACGGGCAAAUCGCAACACAAAGAGGUUCCUAAAGAGCGAUUUGGGUUUGAGACCGCCUUCCGCGAUGUGGAUUCAAAGAGGAAGUGGUUUGGAAAUUUCAUCAAUGGCCAUGAUGAGUUUGACCACAAGUUCUUCAAGCGAAGUCCUCGGGAAAGUGCUACUAUGGAUCCUCAGCAGCGACACUUUUUGCAGAUCGCCUACCAAUCUGUUGAACAGUCAGGGUAUUUUCACAAUCCUAGCGCAGAUAAGCAUAUUGGAUGCUAUGUUGGUGUCUGCGCCUGUGACUACGAAAGUAAUAUCGCUUGCCACGCACCAAACGCCUUCACGGCCACUGGUAAUCUUCAAGGAUUCAUUGCGGGCAAGGUCAGUCAUUUCUUCGGAUGGACUGGGCCGGGUCUGACAAUUGACACUGCUUGCUCUUCCUCUGCUGUCGCUGUUCAUUCCGCAUGCAAGGCCAUUCUUAGUGGAGAGUGCACUGCUGCUCUUGCUGGUGGCACACACGUCAUGACAAAUCCGCUGUGGUUCCAGAAUCUUUCGGGAGCUUCUUUCUUGAGCACUACUGGCCAAUGUAAGCCCUUCGAUGCCAAGGCAGAUGGCUACUGCCGUGGCGAGGGUAUUGCAUCAGUCUUCCUUAAGAAACUAUCUGCCGCUAUCGACGACGGUGAUCAAAUUUUGGGUGUCAUCGCCGCAUCUGCAGUCCAGCAGAACGAAAACUGCACUCCAAUUUUCGUGCCAAACGUGCCAUCACUAUCGGACUUGUUCCGCACGGUCACAAAACAAGCCGGUCUUCAGCCUGGCGAUAUCUCGGUUGUUGAAGCCCAUGGAACUGGAACAGCUGUGGGUGACCCUGCUGAAUAUGGAAGCAUUCGCUCCGUACUAGGUGGUUCUGUUCGGACAAAGCCCCUCACUCUCAGCUCGGUCAAGGGCCUGAUUGGUCACACUGAGUGCACCUCUGGCAUUGUCUCCAUGAUCAAGGUUCUUCUUAUGAUCCAGAAGGGGAUGAUUCCGCCACAGGCUAGCUUCAGCGCUAUCAAUUCUGCGAUUGGUGCCACCCCCGCAGAUAGGAUCAACAUUCCCACCAGUGUGCAAACUUGGAAUGCAGACUUCCGAGCCGCGCUCAUUAACAACUAUGGUGCCUCUGGAUCUAAUGCCUCAUUGGUCAUCACUCAACCGCCUGCUGUUCGGGCAAGACCUGCUAUUGAAGCUGGCCAGGCUGGUAUUACGUACCCAUUCCGAUUCUGCGGUUUUGAUGACUCGAGUCUUCGCCGUUACUCUGUGGCUUUCCGAAAGUUCAUCAGCAACCAAGAUGCUUCGGUCAAGGACCUAUCCCUUUCAAACAUUGCUUUCAAUUUAAACCGCCAGAGCAACCGUCAGCUUGAACGGACUCUUAUCUUCACCGCUCAGUCUUUGGAUGACCUGCAGGAGAAACUGAUUUCAUACGAGAAUGGCAGCCCGAGUCUGGUGUCGCUGCCAUCUCCAAAGGCGCUGCCAAUUGUCUUGUGCUUUGGUGGCCAGGUUUCCACUUUCGUUGGACUGGACCGAUCAGUGUAUGAGCGGGUUGCCGUCUUCCGGAAACAUUUGGACACGGUGAAUGCUGUUGCUCGCUCUCUGGGUGCUGGCAGUAUUUAUCCAAACAUCUUUUCCCGGUCGCCUAUUGCCGAUACUGUUCAGCUCCAGGUUAUUCUUUUCGCUAUGCAGUAUGCCUGUGCUCGCAGCUGGAUUGACUCCGGUGUCGAGCCCGUCGCAGUGGUCGGUCACAGCUUCGGAGAACUUACUGCUCUUUGCAUCUCGCAGAUCUUGUCGUUGGAAGACACGAUAAAGAUGAUUAUUGCUCGAGCAACUCUUAUUCGUGAUGCUUGGGGCAGUGACAAGGGCGCGAUGAUGGCAGUUGAAGGCGACCUUUCUGAGGUCCAAAAGCUAGUCAGUGAAUCCAAUGAGGCUUGCGAUGGCGUCGAACCCGCCAACAUUGCUUGCUAUAAUGGGCCAAGAAGUUUCACUCUUGCCGGACCUACAGCUGCCAUUGAUGCGGUUGCACAAAGACUAUCACUACCUGCCUUCGCUACCAUGAAGCACAAGCGACUGAAUGUGUCGAACGCUUUCCACUCUGUUUUGCUUGAUCCUCUUCUUGAGCGCCUCGAGCAGAGCGCUCAGCAGCUCACAUUCCGAAAACCCAUUAUUCCGAUGGAGAGGGCGACUGAGGUCCAUACUGAAGAAAAAUUGGACGCCAAGUUCGUUCCUGAGCACAUCCGCUCCUCGGUGUUCUUUAACCACGCUCUUCAAAGACUGGCAAAGAAGUACCCGGAAUGCGUCUUCUUGGAGGCUGGAUCAAACUCCACCAUCACCAACAUGGCAAGCCGCGCUCUCGGUAACCCCAGCAGCUCACACUUCCAAGGUAUUAACAUCACCAGUGACAAUGCUUGGAACAACUUAGCCUCUGCUACUGUCAGUCUUUGGAAGGCAGGCGUGAGGACACAAUUCUGGGCCCAUCAAUCUACUCAGACGAGGGAACAUGCUCCUCUUUUGUUGCCUCCUUAUCAAUUCGAGAGUGCGCGUCAUUGGACAGAGCUGAAGGCCCCUUUGAAGAUGAUAGAGACAGCGGCUCCGCAACAGGUAGAUGUUGAAGCUAGCAAGCUUCCCGAGACCCUCCUAUCCUUUGUUGGUUAUCAAGACAGUGGCAAGCGUCUCGCAAAGUUCCGGGUAAAUACCAUGAUUCCCAAGUAUGAGAAGCUCAUCGAAGGCCAUGUCAUUGCGCAGACAGCGCCUAUCUGUCCUGCCACUAUUCAGCUUGAGUUAGCCAUCGAGGCAGUCCGAAUUAUCAGGCCAGACUUGGCUGGUUCCACGCUGGAGCCUCAAAUCCAGGCCGUGGAGAACCUGUCUCCUGUCUGCAUCAAUCCAGCUCGUGCUGUAUGGAUUGAGGUCACUGCACAGGAUUCUCACAGCCCCUCUUGGGACUUCAAUGUCUUCAGCGAUGAUUUGCAACGUGGCGGUGUCUCCAAGACAGUUCACACGACUGGUAAAAUCGCCUUCCGAUCAGUUGAGGAUUCAGCUUUCAAGCUUGAGUUUGCCCGAUACGAGCGUCAUUUCAGCCACCAGCGCUGCGUCGACAUGUUGCAAAGCGGAGAUGUUGACGAAAUCCUCCGCAGUCGCAAUAUUUACAAGAUGUUCUCCGGGGUCGUUGAUUAUGCUGAAGAGUACCGUGGUGUCCAGAAGCUUGUCAGCAAAGGAUCACAGUCAGCUGGCUAUGUCGUCAAGGAGUACAACCCAGAGUCAUGGCUUGAUGGCCACUUGGCAGAUAGCUUCUGCCAGGUUGGUGGAGUAUAUGUCAACUGUAUGGCCAACCAGGUACCCACCGAUAUGUUCAUUGCAAAUGGCAUCGAGCAAUGGAUCCGGUCACCCAUGAUUCGUCAAAAUGACCCGAGACCAAAGGCUUAUCACGUCCUGGCUACGCAUCACAAUCCUUCGAACCAGUCCUACCUGACUGAUGUUUUUGUUUUCAAUUCGGAGAAUGGGUCCUUGGUCGAGGUGAUUCUUGGAAUCAGCUAUGUCAGGGUUUCCAAGGCCUCAAUGAGCAAGCUUCUUACUCGUCUCACUGUUCGAGACGGUGAACCUGCUCCUGCCAGCAUCAAAGCUCCAGUGGAGCGACCUACUCUAGACCUCUUUGCAGUUCAGCAAACUGCGAAAGUUGCUCCUCCAUUGAAUACGGUGAGCCAAGAGCCAAAGCCCUCCAAGCCGGCCAAGGUCGAAGAGCAAACUCCCAAGGUGGACGUGGUACCCAGAGUCAAGGCCAUCCUAGCUGACCUGUCUGGUCUGGAGCUACACGAGAUCAAGAAUGACAGCGAGCUUGCCGAGCUCGGAAUUGACUCUCUCAUGGGCAUGGAGAUGGCACACGAGAUUGAGGCUGAGUUCAACAUCGAACUUCCGGAGAGUGAACUCAUGAAGAUCGUUGACAUGCCGUCCUUGAUCAAGUGCGUGGAAACCUUUGUUUGUGGUGCGCCAAGCAGCGACGCCUCUGAGCAGGAGUUGGAUGAGAGCGAUGAGAGAUCAUCGAACGAUACUACGCCAAGCACUCCAGUUGAUUCUGGCGACCUAGAUAAGUCGCUCGAUGACUUCAAAGUCGCAGCAGGCUUAAAUCUACCAUUUGCUACUGUUAUGGAAGCUUUUAACGAGACAAAGAGCUUGACCGACGAUAGGAUUGCCGAACAUGGUCAAACCAACUAUGUCGAAUCUGUUCUACCUGCACAAACAGAGAUGUGUGUGGCACUUACCCUAGAAGCAUUUGAGCAGCUUGGCGUUGGAUUCCGUACUGCCAAACCUGGUCAGAAAUUCGCACGAAUUCCACACCCGAAGGAGCAUACUCGCUUGGUUAGUUACCUCUACAAGAUGCUAGAGGAUGCUGCAGGUCUUAUCAAUAUAGACGGCGAAGUUAUCACCCGCACGGCAGCGCCGGCUCCCACAAAAUCCAGUAAAGAACUAUUGGCAGACCUGCUUCGUCGCUUCCCGGAUCAGAGCACCGCUGACAAGCUCACCUUCUAUACUGGAUCUCAUCUUGCGGAGGUCCUGCGCGGCGAGACAGAUGGAAUCAAGCUCAUCUUCGGUACCUCUGAAGGGCGGGAGUUGGUGUCCGGUCUCUACGCAGAGUGGCCCAUCAACCGUCUGAUGUACAAACAGAUGGAGGACUUCCUUGGUCGACUAGCCUCAAAGCUUGAUGUGAACGAUGGCCCCAUCAAGAUUCUCGAGAUGGGUGCCGGCACCGGUGGCACAACACGCUGGUUGCUGCCCCUUUUGGCUUCCUUGCAAUUGCCAGUGGAAUAUACUUUCACCGACCUGGCUCCUUCCUUUGUUGCAGCGGCGCGGAAGAAGUUCGGAAAGCAGUACCCCUUCAUGAAGUUCCGGACCCACGAUAUUGAAAAGGCUCCAGCCGAUGAUCUGAUUGGCACACAACACAUCAUCGUUGCCAGCAAUGCUGUUCAUGCGACACACAGCUUGAGCGAGUCAGCCAAGAAUAUUCGCAAGGCGCUUCGCCCCGAUGGGUUCCUCAUGAUGAUCGAGAUGACCGGCACUCUCUACUGGGUGGAUAUCAUCUUUGGCCUCUUUGAGGGCUGGUGGUAUUUCGAUGAUGGCCGUACACACGCUGUCACUCACGAAUCCCGAUGGGAGAAAGACCUCCAAGCUGUCGGAUACGGUCAUGUUGACUGGACCGAUGGCGACCGUCCGGAGAACAAACUCGAGCGGCUGAUUGGUCCAUCAGCUGACCUGGUAGCACGGCAAGCAGUUGUUGAUCGUUAUGUCCGCGAUAUGACCUCCGGCUUCGAUGACAUUGUUGAUAAUUCCUCGUUUUCAGUGCCCGGUGGUCAGGCCAGCAAUCCCAGCGGCCGGUGUGUCGUGGUUACAGGCGCCACUGGCAGCUUGGGAUGCCACCUCGUUGCGAAGUUCGCAUCUCUACCAGACGUGACUCAAGUCGUUUGUCUCAAUCGGCGCAGUCGACAGGAUCCGGAGUCACGUCAGACCCAAUCUCUUCGCAAGAAGGGCAUUGUUCUCCCCGCAGAGGCUGCUAGCAAGCUCUGUGUCUUCGAGACAGAUAUGUUCAAGCCUCAACUAGGCCUUUCGAGUGAUGAGUAUGCAAGCCUCGUCCGAAAGGUGACACAUAUUGUGCACAAUGCAUGGCUCAUGAAUGCCAAGUGGCCAAUCAAGAAUUUUGAACCCCAGUUGCGAAUCAUGCGCAACCUCCUCGACUUCGCCAAACACAUCUCGACCAUUCGCUCCCCAGGCACAAAAGUCACGUUCCAGUUUAUUUCCUCAAUCGCGACGGUCGGUCAUUGGCCCAUCUGGACCGGGCGUCCAGCCGUCCCUGAAGAACGCAUGACAAUUGACUCUGUCCUUCCGACCGGCUACGGCGACGCGAAAUACAUCUGCGAGCUGAUGAUCGAUGAAACGCUUCAUCGCCACCCAGAUCAGUUCCGGGCAAUGGCUGUCCGCCUUGGUCAAGUCGCUGGCUCCAGCACAAGCGGGUACUGGAAUCCGACCGAGCACCUACCGUUCGUGAUCAAGUCCUCUCAGACUCUGAAGGCUCUCCCUGAUUUUGAUGGUCUUCUCUCCUGGACUCCAGUGGAUGGGGUCGCAAGCACGCUUGUAGACUUGGUUUCGCUGCCGGAGACUGACACGCCAUACCCAAUCUAUCACAUCGAUAACCCCAUUCGACAGGCGUGGAAGGAGAUGAUUCCUGUCUUGGCUGACACGCUAUCUAUUCCGUUGAGUGGUGUGAUCCCCUUUGAUGACUGGGUGCAGCGGGUCAAGGAUCACCCGCGGCAGGUAGAAGGUCCGGAGGGUGAGAACCCGGCGAUCUUGUUGAUUGACUUUUUGGAUGCCAAUUUCUUGCGCAUGUCUUGUGGUGGACUGUUGUUAGAGACAAAAAAGGCACGUGAGCACUCUCACACGCUGGCAAGUCUGGGUCCGGUUAGUAACGAAGUGACGAAGUUGUUUGUUGAAAGUUGGAAGGAAAUGGGGUUUUUGGCUUGA